CCUUCUUUAUUAGCACAAAGCAAUCCGUGAACAAAGGGAUCAACUGUUGCCGAGCGCAGAUCUUUUUGGACAGGCAGACUUCUUUUGGCGUAUAUAAGAAUAGGUCAUCUAUGGAGCUCCCCUUCGUUCCCAACCACCAUGAAGCGCGGUUUUCUGACCACUGCAAAGGCCAAGCGCCAGUUUUCUGCCUUGAAUCCCGAGAAUACUUCAAAACCGACGACAAAGAAACCGACAGGUUUGCCAGCCGGCUCAAAGGAUGACUUGAAGGACGUGAAAUUUACCGAAGUUUCUCAUGAAGAGUUUCUCGACCGUAUGUUGGAAAGUAAAGGCAUUACAAAAGAGGAGGCGAUGAAGGGGGUUCAGGAGAUGAUGGAUACGAUGGGAUACACUGACGGCGACUUUGAAAAAGCUUCCGCCUUGGUGCCCGACGAGAAUGACCCCGGUACCUUUGAAAAUAAGCCUCAGAAGGAUGAUGACAUUUCGUACCACGUGCAGGUCCCCUUCCCUGGCGGAUGGUCCCAAUGCUUGAUAUCUGGAUAUCUUGACCGACGACUCAAGCACAUCUCCGGGUUUCCGCGACCUCUGAAAGAGACGGGAGAAAAGGUCUAUCGCAUCUCUUCAGCCCCGGGAAAAGGCUUAGGCAUGUUCGCGACGCGCAAAAUCCAGAUGGGCGACCUCAUUGCCGACGAGAGGCCUUUGAUGGUCGUGUCUCUGUCGCCCAAGGGUUUUCGAGUGGCUCCCCUUCUGAAAGAAGGUGCUACGCAGGAGGAAAAAUACCAAUACCUUCUGGAUCAAUCUGAGGGUGUUGUGCGUUCUGUUUUUGGACGAAUGUCUGAGGAGAGUCAGAAGGUGCUCAUGGGUCUUCAUAAUGGCCACUUGCACGAUGGAUCCGGUCCGAUAUUGGGUUUGGUUCGCACGAAUGGAUAUGGUCUCGAGGAUGACCUGAAGGAUGAGACUAAGGAGACAGAGAUGCUGUUGGAGGAGUGCCCGGACGAUUUGAAGUCCAAGGUUGGCCGCUAUACUAGCGUCUACAAAGAUCUUUCCAGGGUAAAUCACAGCUGUUCACCGAACACCCAUCGCAAGUUCCACAUAGCCACGUUCUCUAUGCAGCUUCGCGCAGCUCGAGACAUCGAAGAAGGCGAAGAGAUUCUUACCAGUUACACUGGCAUUCUUCUGCCUGCUGCGGAGCGCGCGGAAGCCCUCGCGCCCUAUGGCAUCAAGUGCACCUGCCGAGCCUGUCUCGACCCCGCGAAAGAGCGAUCCUAUUCGCGCUGCCUGUGCUCAACCGUCCUGCCGUCACCGUUCCGAUGAAGCGGGAAGCGGGAGCGCGUCCGGAUGCCUGGAUCGAUCCUGCGGUGCAGACUCUGGCUGAGGAUCCACGAGGAAGGGCUGGAAGCAUCGCAAGAGUACCAUAAGACGCUUCACCAGUUGUACAACGCGUACAUACAUCAGAACGAUGAGAAGAAAGCGCUGAUGUAUGGGGAGAAGCUGUGGGUGGCUGCUUUGGCUGCGGGGGAGAAACGCUACGAGGCCUUUAGGAAAUGUAGAGCUUACGAAGAAAUCGCCUCAGUGGAUGAUGGCGAAGAUGAUGAGAGGGGCACCAGUGUUGCAGUCGUUCAUCUGAGAUGUGGCCCACCUGUUGAUAGCCCUGAUUGGAGAACUGCAGAGAUGUGACCGUUCCGAAUUUUACAUAUGUUCUGUAUGUAUUUAGUAACUUUCCUUUACGAAAGUAGAGAUGAAGAAAUACUCUACUUUGAGGCCAUCGUCGUCAAAUUAUGAAGCCUUGAC